GAAUUUCAUCCCCUAUCGCAUCUUCGAUAAAACUGUACGACAAUUGACGAUCUGACGAUCACCUUCUAUAAGUAUCCCUCCUGCGCACCCAAAACCCUCAUCUCUCUUGUACUGAGCCUUGUACUCACUACUCUCUGUCCAAAACAGCCUCCGUCACGUCACCAUGUACUACAGCUACGAAUCACCCAUCCAAGCCCAAGCCUGGCGGUCGUAUCUCCUCUUUGUCGGCAUCACUGCUAUAAUCAGCACUUAUCAAUACGACCACGGCUCGCUUCUCUGGCGCAUUUACUACACCAUCGACGCCGCUUCGUUUCUUCUGGAUCCGACUUCUUGCGCAUUUAAAGUGAAAAAAAAGCUGGAAGAUGGCAGUAAGGUCACUGUGAAGAAGCCUAUUCUUGCGUUUAAGGGAUAUGAGAAGACGACUGAGAUGUUCCCGGGUGCUGCUGGCAGCCGUCUCCCUGGCAAGUGGAGCUUUGAGAAGGCCUACAUUCGAUUCUGAGAUCGAUGGGAUACUGCGGAUGUGUUGGUGGUUUUGGGGGAGUUGUUAUAUCCAGGAGGAGGGGCUUUAAGUGACUUGAUGCUCAUGACUAUAAUUUUAUAACGGAUGAUACCCUGUAUUGUAUAUGAUUAAUGACCACAACUGACCAGAGGGA